UCAGUCAGAUCAGUUUAUCCUAAACGCUGCCGUUUAGCAUUCCGCCACUACGGGCAGGAAACAGAUCCCGUGCAAAAGCUCCGGUGGUUCUUCUCCACCGCCGUAUGUUCUUCCGGCGCACCAGACGGCCUUCUGGACCAACUUUAGUUCGAGAUCUAUUCCGAUCCUCUGUCUAAAAGCUACUUCUGGUAUUACCAUCGUUCUCUCUCUCCCUCUGUAACCUCUGCGUAUUUGAAUCGUAUUGACUAGAGUCUUCGUUACACUUGCAUCGCUCUCUCUCUCUUCCAUGGUUUCGGAACUAGUUCUACCUCUAUUAUUCAAGUCCUUUUCACAUAUCUCAUAGGUUUCGUGUGUCAAUUCGAAUUUUUCGGAACUUCUGUUGAUGCGAUUUGUUNUUUUUUUUUUUUUUUUUUUUUUUUUUUUUUUUUUUUUUUUUUUUUUUUUGAUUCACAGCAAUGGGAAUCAUCGAAAACGGAACAAUCUCGGGUAACUUGCCGAGCAAGGAGGCGUUUGUGGUUCACUAUCCUGGGUACCCAUCAUCUAUUCCCCGAGCUCUGGAGACUCUUGAGGGAAUCCAUGGGACUUUCCAGGCAAGAGAAUCAACGUCAAACAAGCUUGAGCUACAUUUCCGCCCUGAAGACCCUUACGCACAUCCUGCCUGGGGAGUCCAACGUCCUUGUAAUGGUUUUCUGUUGAAGAUUUCUAAAGAAGCUGUUAAGAAAGAUUCUCUGCCUGAAAGGCAACCUGUUCUUGCCACUAAAGAUGCAUGCUUACCAGAAGCUUGCUCAGCUCUUUGUGCUGAUAUUGUAGCUCGUGUGUCUGAGUCUUAUUGCUUCGAUGGCAUGGCUGACUACCAGCAUGUGAUUUCUAUUCACGCGGAUGUUGCACAGCAAAAGAAGAGAAAAUGGAUGGAGGUGAAGCCGCUUGCAGGAAACAGUGACCUAAUGGACAUGGCUGAUGAAGAUGUAAUGAUGUUAUUGCCACAGUUCUUUGCACCCAAAGAUAUGCCAGAUAAUUUGGUGCUGAGACUUCCAGUAACAUUACCAAAAAAGAAAGAGGAACCAACUCAGACUCUUUAUGAGAUAGAUAUUGGCCCAGUAUUUGCAAUUGAUUUCGGUGUUAAAGAGAUCCCAAAGAUAUUAAACUGGGAAGACGUAAUUGUUCCCAGCUCCAACCAGUGGAAAUGGCAGGUGGCAGUGUCUGCACUCUUUGAGGAGCGACCUGUGUGGACAAGAGAUUCCAUAGUCCAACGACUACUUGAUAAAGAUCUUAAAUGCACACAUCAUAUGCUAAACAGGUUUUUUCUUAGAUCUGCAUAUUAUUUCUCGGGUGGUCCAUUUCUUAGGUUCUGGAUUAGAAGAGGCUAUGAUCCACGGAAAGAUCCUGAGUCUCGUGUAUAUCAGAGAAUGGAAUUCAGGGUUCCACCUGAAUUAAGGGGUUAUUGUGAUGCCAAUGCAACUAACAAGUUAAAGCCAAGCUGGGAUGACAUUUCUGCUUUUAAAGUAUUCCCUUUCAAAUGCCAAACAUUUCUACAGUUAUUUGAACUUGACGACGAGUACAUUCAACGAGAAAUAAGAAAGCCUCCCAAGCAGACUACUUGUAAUUAUAAAACAGGAUGGUUCUCAGAAGCACUGCUUGAUAAUUUGAGACUCCGUGUAGCUGUGAGAUUUGUAUCUGUGUUUCCUGAGCCAGGUUUCGAAGAUGUUUUUAAAUCUAUUCAAGAAGAGUUUGAGAGGUCAGAAAAGACACGAAUUCAGAAAGAUGCAAUGAAACCAGGUCAACGGAAUCACCAGGAAACAACUAAAGGUAAGUUAGAUAUGAAAAGGUGUAAAAUCCCAAACGAAGAGAAAGAUGGUGAUGUUAAUGCGGAUGAAGAUUCGGAAGACAUGGAUGAUGAAUCCGAGGACCUCAAUGUGGGUGCAAAUGAUGAUGACAUAUCAUUAUUAAGUUCUCAUGGAUUUGACGACAUGGAGAACAACUCCAGAACCUAUCUGCAAGGUUUAUUCAAUAGAUUUCCAAGCAGCGCACCAGCUCAGUAUGGUGGUCCUGGUGAUGAUGGUAGCGACGGAGAGUAUCCGAUUUACGAGCAAGAAUCCAACGCUUUGGAUGAUGACAGUGAUGAUGAUGAUGAUGAUGAUGAUGAUGAUGAUGACGAGUGAAGAACUUUGCAUAUAUGUAGUGUGUAUUUUGUGUGUGUAGCUAAUGUAAAGAGACAAUCCAAGGGUGAAUGUAAUUUCAACGGUAAGAUUGAUUGUGCAAUUAAGGAGAAUGUAGUAAAAAAGAAAAGUUAGUGGGUUGUAAAGUUCAAAAUAUAAAAA